UACCAUAGAGAUCGGAAGGAGGAGCGAGCGACAGAACCGGACGUGCGGACCGCAACUAACGCGGCGAGGCAAGAUGGAGGCGACCAAGAGAAAGCGGCGUGGGGGACUGGAGGUUCAAGCAAAGAAGCCAAAAAGGAGCCGCAAAGAUGCCGGGCAGCCAGCUAAGCAGGCCGAUGUGGCAAAAGAGGCGGAGGAGGAAGACAGAGAUCGCAUUCCAGGUCCCGUUUGCAAGGGCAAAUGGAAGAAUAAGGAGCGGAUCCUCAUCUUUUCUUCCAGAGGAAUAAAUUUCAGAACAAGACACUUAAUGCAAGACUUGAGAAUGUUGAUGCCUCAUUCUAAAGCAGAUACUAAGAUGGAUCGUAAAGAUAAAUUAUUUGUGAUAAAUGAGGUCUGUGAAAUGAAAAAUUGCAACAAAUGCAUCUACUUUGAAGCAAAGAAAAAACAGGAUCUCUAUAUGUGGCUUUCAAAUUCACCUCAUGGGCCAUCUGCCAAAUUCUUGGUUCAAAAUAUUCAUACCCUGGCUGAACUAAAGAUGACUGGAAACUGUUUGAAAGGUUCGCGGCCCCUUUUGUCUUUUGACCCUGCUUUUGAUGACUUGCCACAUUACGCUUUGUUAAAAGAAUUCUUUAUUCAGAUCUUUAGUACACCACGGUACCAUCCCAAGAGUCAGCCGUUUGUGGACCACGUGUUUACGUUCACCAUUCUGGAUAACAGGAUAUGGUUUCGGAACUUUCAGAUUAUAGAAGAAGACGCUGCUCUAGUGGAAAUAGGACCUCGUUUUGUCUUAAAUCUCAUAAAGAUUUUUCAGGGAAGCUUUGGAGGACCAACCUUAUAUGAAAAUCCUCAUUACCAAUCUCCAAACAUGCAUCGGCGUAUCAUAAGGUCCAUCACAGCUGCAAAGUACAGAGAGAGACAGCAAGUCAAAGAUGUUCAGAAAUUGAGGAAGAAAGAACCAAAGACUAUUCUUCCACAUGAUCCCACUGCAGACGUGUUUAUGACACCAGCAGAGGACAAACCAAUAGAAAUACAGUGGGUGAAACCAGAGCCAAAAGUAGAUCUGAAAGCAAGAAAGAGACGGAUCUACAAAAGGCACCGGAAACUGCAACAGAAGAUGAGCAGAGGGAGUGCAAAAUGAAUCAGUGGAUAACUAUCUCUUUUAGUUACUGGAUAUUUAUUUUGUAUUCCGUGUGUAAAUACUUUUAGUAUACAGAACUAGGUAUGCCUAAUUAGGGUGCCAUUUAAAAAAUUAAAACCUUUAAGUCAGCAUUGGUCUUUUUCUAAAUAAAGCAUCUUAACUCA